AUGCAAUACGUCAGAAGUAUCAGUGGUUCGGUAUCCAAGACAUGGAAUUCAAUCAAUCCUGCUACCCUUAGUGGCGCAAUUGACGUUAUUGUUGUCGAACAAGAAGAUGGAACACUUGCAUGCUCUCCCUUUCAUGUACGCUUCGGGAAAUUUUCUCUCUUACGACCAUACGAAAAGAAAGUUGAGUUUCGGGUGAAUGAUGUUAAACAGGAUUAUGCCAUGAAGUUAGGUGAGGGUGGAGAGGCGUUCUUCGUCUUCGAAACUACCGAUAACAUUCCUGAAUCGAUGCAAACAUCUCCAUUAGUGUCGCCUGCAUCGAGCCCUCCGCUGAUAGCGGAAAGUUCAAAUACUUGUAGUCUCUCUGAGCCAGACUUCCUAGAACUGGAUAUAGCCGAUGAUAGAUCGAGACCAGUAAGCAGGCACGGUACGCCGAAUCUGACUGCGAGCUUGUACCGGACGCAUCAUUACAGCUUGACAGCACCUCUCUCUGCCUCACCUCUCUCUGCCUCACCAGAAUUCACGAAUGAGAAGCUCACAGCUGGAAGCUGGACCGGUGUCACUUCAGUGCGUCAUCGCUCUGAAGAGGUAUUUUCUCUCCCUAGUCGAUUAAUGGGUAGCGAAGAAAUAGUUAGGGAGCAGCACGUUCGCUCACUGACUCCCAGUUUACCACUAGAUGAUGGUCCUUCCGAAUGUUACACCGAUGAUUCCCAUUGUCCCUCACCCCUACCUCCCAAGCAAGUCAUUGAGCGUGCCUUGGCUCUCUCGGAGAAGCUUUCUGCCUCAAAUAUUCCAAGUCAAGUGACCGGUACUGGAGAUUUGAUGUUGGAUAUGACAGGCUACAAGAGUAGUGAAGACGAUGCAUCCCGAGCAGAGAUUGUGGCGCGAAAAAUAUUAUCAGAGGAACUCGAAGAAAACUACGACAUAGGAGCUCUUAUUGGAGCAGACGAACACGGAAAUCUUUGGAUUUACAAUAGCGAGGAAGCUAAAGAAGCGGCAAACCACAGUGCCGGCUUAACAGAUAUUCCUUCUCGUCGGACAUUGAACAGAGAUGUGUCAUCAGAUCUGGGCUAUCACAGCGAAGGAGACGGAACACCAACUCCAAUCGUUCCUCUUCAUCGGAGAGGGGAUUACGAUCUUGGCCUUGAAACUCCUCCAAACACUCCCCCUGAGAGUGCAGGAGAUCCAAAUCGUAACUACGCAAAGACACUUCGUUUGACGAGUGACCAGUUGAAAUCUCUAAGUCUUAAGACUGGCCCAAAUCCUAUAAAAUUUACGGUCAAUAGAGCGACGUGUCAAGCGUACAUGUAUCUAUGGCGUUAUGAUGUACCCAUAGUGAUUUCAGAUAUUGAUGGGACCAUUACAAAAUCUGAUGCUUUGGGACACGUUCUAAACAUGAUUGGUCGCGACUGGACGCAUAUUGGUGUUGCUAAAUUAUAUACCGACAUUAUCAACAAUGGUUAUAACAUUAUGUAUCUAACAUCUCGCUCUGUCGGUCAAGCCGACACAACUCGCGCUUAUCUUAAUGGCGUCAUCCAAGAAACUUAUCGCCUGCCCAAAGGACCAACCAUUUUGAGUCCUGAUCGCACAAUUGCAGCACUUCGACGUGAGCUUUACAUUCGUAAGCCUGAAGUGUUUAAAAUGGCUUGUUUACGAGAUAUUAAGAGUCUUUUUGGACCUAAUAGAACACCAUUUUAUGCGGGGUUUGGUAACAGAUUUACGGACGCCCUAUCUUAUCGUUCGGUCAGUAUACCUAGUAACCGAAUCUUCACGAUAAACUCAAAUGCCGAAGUCUCCCUCGACCUACUUAGCUUGAAUAAACUACGCUACAGCUAUGUCAACAUGCGCGAGGUUGUAGAUCACUAUUUCCCACCGGUGAACAUGCUUGUUAGGUCCGGUGGUGAGGAAUAUACCGAUUUCACCUACUGGAGGGAACCUGUUCUCGAUAUCGAGGAUUUCUCCGACUCAGAUGGUAUGGAAGAGGAAGAUGAUGAUGAUGACGAAGUUGAAGAAGGGACUGAGGAAUACAGGGCUCCAGAUGAAUUAGAGGACAGUAUGAUCUCUACGUACUCAAUAGAUGAAGUAAAUGAAAAACCUGCCAGCACGAACGAGAGAGGGUAA